UGGAGGGAAAUUGUCAUCUGGUAAGUGUGAUGGUAACCUCUGAUGAAGCAUUUGAAAUUUUGAACGUUGAAAACAUUGUCACUCAAGUCAAGAUGCAGUCUGCCAGCAAUGUUAAGAAUAAGGAGGAAUUACGGGCACUGUGCAGAAAAAUUGGAUUGUCAGAGGACUUGUGUUUAUACCCCCCGGACUGUCCACCAGAAUAUCGAGAUGACGUUGAGAAAUUGUCAAUACGCAUGAUUGAGAAUAUUGCUUCUAGAAAUGGAAAGCCUAAGGAGUGGACUAUUGAUGACUUCGAUAUUGGAUAUCCUCUAGGCAGAGGUAAAUUUGGCAGAGUAUAUUUGGCUCGUGAUAAAUACUGUCACUUAACGGUGGCCAUCAAAGUGUUAUACAAGUCAGAAAUAAGGAAGAGUCGAGUUGAACAUCAAGUGUUGAGAGAAAUUGAGAUUCAGACUCAUCUGAAGCAUCCAAAUAUAUUGUGUUUGAGAACCUACUUCUAUGAUGAAAAACGUAUAUAUUUGGUGUUGGACUAUGCUGCAGGAGGAGAGCUUUAUAAACAUUUGCAGACCUCACCAAACCAUAGAUUUUCUGAGGGGAAGGCAGCAAAAUAUGUUUACCAGGUUGCAGAUGCCCUAAACUUUUGCCAUCUGAACAAAGUCAUUCAUCGGGAUAUAAAACCAGAAAACCUCCUGCUAACAAUGAGAGGUGACAUUCUUCUUGCAGAUUUUGGUUGGUCUGUUCAUGCCCCAUCUUCAAGGCGCAAGACCUUGUGUGGAACUUUAGACUACUUGCCCCCUGAGAUGGUUGAAGCGAAAACUUAUAAUGAAUUUGUUGAUCACUGGUGUCUUGGUGUGUUGUGUUACGAGUUCCUGGUAGGAAGACCUCCAUUUGAAUCUGGUGAUACAAAUGAAACAUACUCUCGCAUAAAGAAUGUGGAUCUACACUUCCCUAAAUGCGUACCCGAAGGGGCUAAAGACCUAAUCAGCAAGUUACUUCGCCAAUGCCCCGCUGAGCGCAUGCCAUUACCAGAUGUCAUGAAGCAUCCUUGGAUUGUGAACAACAUAGCAAAAUAGAGGAAGUGUUGUUGCAUGUGUGAUUGUCCUAUGCUAGUAACAGUGAAGUAUUAACUAGACAGAAAUAUCAACUGUGGUUACAUUAAUUACUGUGUUAUAUGCAGUAUUAUGGACUCUAGUUUUUCCCAUGAAAUGUAUCGGUCACCAUAUCAUAACAUUUGUUAUUACCAAUACUGCAUUUUGGAUUUACUAUAAUUGCUGUUCUAAUCUUGUCUUCAUAUUCACAAUUCUUGUUCCUUGUAUUACAAAUAAACACCCCAUUAUUGCAAAACCAGUUCAGUGAGAUUACUGAAGUCUGGAUGUAUAUCAAUAAAGACAAUUGCAAUCUA